AUGCCUUCAUGCCUGGUGGGGUGCUUUGGUGGAUGCACUCGUACCUCGCUGAACGACUUCUCCGCGGUCCCCGUGGAGGGUGGUCCCAUGGAGGAAACCGCUACCAGCACGGCACGCCGGCGUCGCGUUCGUGCUUGCACCUCCAUGAGCCAGAUUGCACCGGCACCCAUCUGUAUCGAUGGCAGCGCUGGAGUGAACGGCACUGGACUUAUUAGGACGUCCCGGUUGCAGACCGACAACGGCAGUGCUUCAGGUAUCACCGGCGGCGGCGCCACAGCACCGCCGGAGCUAGGAGCAGCGGCACAGCAGUGGGUCCAGCAGCACAACCAAGUUGAUGAAUCAGCUACUGCGACGCUUGCGAGGGCCAAUGCGCGAGGGAGAGGGCUGCCUCGGCGACCCAGCAUUCUCUUCACCCGCGAUGGGGAUGUUACCGUUACAGGGCUACCGCCGUCGUGCCUCACGGCGGGCCGUGCGCCGCGGGGCCGCGGCCCUUCUGACGUCCUGGCUUCCACGCUCUCGACGGGCUUCGGGUGCAAUAACAUGGCGAGCGUGACGGUCCCGAUUAAUUGCUCGGCAUUGCUCGUAGCGGGUGGCUCAGUGGAUAGCGCGAGCCCACGGAUCGCUGGUGGGCAGGUGAGCGGCGCGCGGGAGCCCCUUUUGACGACAGUCCUAAUGUCGAGUCGCAGCAACGACCCCGGGGGCCGCAGUUAUACACCGGCUUCUACGAGCCGGAAGGAUUGUGCUUUGGAUGUGGCCCUGACGGUGACCCAGAUCAGACAGCAGCAGCAGCAACGCCGCCCCGCCGGAAGCGGGGGACCAGGAGGGAGAUAUGGCGGGGUCUCCAUGUCGUGCGGCGCAAACGCUGUGUUUAUGUCGACGGACGCCACCCGAGUCACGGGCUGUUGCAGCGGUGGUGAGCAAUUUGAGGGAUUCCUAGGUGUAGAGCGUGAGCAGCAGCAGAGGUGCCAGGACACAGAACGAGCGGAAGCGCAGCAGCAGCAGGUGGGGAAGGGGGACGAGGGCGUGCAGGAACCUAGUGACCAACUAGCUUGCGAGGAGGAAAAUCAGCAACCUGGCACGGGCUCCGGCCAGGGUCAAGCUCAAAGCCAGGACCGCCACGAGGAUAAGCGCUUGGAGAGGACCCGGCAAGAUGGCUCGCAGGCUUUUGUGCUGGCGAACUCUUCAAGCGAGGGCGGCCAUCGCUGCGAGUGGGGCUGCAGCUCUAUGCUUGUUCCUUCGCGCUUCAGUGACUCGAGUAGGCUGACGCAUGGUGCAGCAACAGCGACGCAUGGUACGGCAUCCUUGCACUCCAACAACCCACUUUAUUGCGCCGCUUCUGCCGGUGCCGGUGGCGCGCCCAGCCCGCCGGGCAAGUUCGGCUCCAUCACCCCCGCUGAGGCCCCUGCGGUGGCGGCGGCAGCUGCGGCUUCCACGGCCGCUGGCGCCCGCGGGGAUACGGUAUUUCAGGAGGACCCAUGUCCCCAGGGGGCGAUGCUGCCGGCGGGGUUUGCUAAGCCGUCUGCAACGUCGAACGGACCGUCUCUGCUGGCAACGGAAGCACGCGACGUGACGUCGGCACUGAACCGUCUGCAGGAGGCCUGUUUGGCAGCAGUGGCGCAGGGCGACAUGCGCAGCCAGCGGCUCUGCCGUCGAAUCAGCACGGACCUGCCCAGACUGGGUCUGAACCCCUCUCAGUUGCUGCCGCGCAUCGGUGGCGGCGGCGACGGCUUUGGUUACGAUCGGGGUAGCAGCAUGGGACCUGCUCGCGUCGCAGCAAGCCUUGGCGGCGGCGUGGCGGCGGCGGUGGGGGCGGCGGCGCAGACAACGGGCAGUCGUAUGGGCACGUGUUUGCGAACCGCAGCGUCACUGCCCAGCGGUGAUGGUGGGGGCACCGCUGCCGCUGCCACCGUGCAAGGGCCCUCGACGUUUUCGCUGAAUGUAUCUGUUACGUUGGACAUGAAACGGACGCGCCAGGGUGUUAUGGGGAUGGGGGCCGCAUGCGGCGACGUUUGGGAAGCAAGUGGAUUUGGUGGGGACCGGGCGAGCCCGGAAGGCAACGGCAUUGUUAUUGAUGGGGAGAUGCUGGACAGGGUCCAUUUCAACGUUCCCGACAAUGAUCUUGGCGCCGGGGAAGUAAUUAAGGCAGCUGAGGCGGGUCCCUGCACGCCUGGGCAGGGCCCACAGAUAGGCACGGUGGACGUUUUCGAGGACGCAGACGUGGAGCAGUACCACAACCCGGUCCUCAACGUUCUGCUGCGGAGCGACUUUUUGCACGAAACCUUUGAGGCCCCCAGUGAAGAUGAAGACGACGGUGUGCUCGAAUAUCGGUAUGGAGGCUUUGAGCUAGGUGGUGGAGACCACGAUUGCGGGUUUGUGCGGCAGGCCUCUUUCAUGGAGGCGGUUCGGAAGUGCGGUGCCUCAAAGGCGGGUGCCUUGCCUGCGGGGCUAGGCCCCAGUCAGGCCGGGGCUUCGGAGGCAGGGCCUCAGCCGCCCGGCCGACGAACCGCCUUUGCGCCCGAUGCUUCUUUCGCCUGGGGCCGCCUCGCCGAACUGGCUGCCGCUGCUGCUGUUAGAGCAGUCCAGGACUCCAUGCCCGAAUCAGCGGCUACCUCCCCCCGGACCAUGGCCCGCUGGCCAGUACAGCCAAUACGACGAGGCCCCCGCUCCCAUCCCAGCGCCAAGGAUGCGGAACACACCGUGCGCUGGAGCCCCUUUUGCCCUCUCUUGACAGGGCCCUCAAUGCACAAAUCGGCAUGGACGCUCUGCACCAAGGUUCCGGACCAACACCGCUCAACACGUAUCUGGCCUCCUUCCGGUCUCUCAUGGCGGACAUCCCGCGAGCUUCAGUCCAACAAGUGCAUCUGGCCCAUCAAGUGCCGCGACGGCCUUUGGCAGUUCACGUCUGAUGCAAAGGAGGUUCCGUACAAGCCUGCAGAGCCUGACAGCCCGAACGCCGCAGGGGAUCUGAAAGAAGGGGAAACCCAGAAAGGGCAACCCGCGGGGCAGGCAGCGCAGGCAUCGGCAACCGCGUCCGACCAACCGCCAGGACUACCAGAAUCAGCCUUGCAGCCGCAGAACCCUGACAACAGCCAAUCCACGGCGGCAGCCAACCCACAGCCACAGAUCGCAGCAUCAGCCUCCGCGGAGCAGUUGCCCCAAGAAGGGUCCGUGCCACAGGGACAGGAUUCUCCAACAGCCUCUGGCGCAUCACAGCCCAAACGAGGACUUGCCUUCAAGACCCGGCGCUCUAACAAUAAGCUCGUGAAGCCAUCGCCACCGGAGAAGUCGCCACCUGGCGAUCUACCUUCUCCUGGCGCACCCUCUCUACCAGCAGCCCAGGAGUCCCAGCAGGGCUCGACAACGGGGCCCCCCAGCAACACCCUGCCAAUCAGCUCCUCAUCCUCCCCCACAGCCAAGCAAACCCAAGAAGAAAAGAGCGGGCCUCAACAACUGUCAUCGCCUACGGCGUCCCCUCCAGUGCCGGAUCAACCUGGCAGCCAAGCAGCAGGCGCCAGUCAAGCAGAACCCCUCUCGCAGCCGCAACAAGAAGCGCAGCAACCGCCGGUUGUCUCGCCCCAGCCGCCAGCAGAGUCGAGCCCCCAACCGCCACCCUCUGAAGAACCAGGUGCACAGUCUCCGACUGACGUUGGCCCUCAGCCGCCACCGCCGCAGCCUGUACCUGAGUCCCAACCCCAGGCGGACUUACCGCUACAGCCACCGCCUUCUGAUCACGUCCAGCAGCAGCAGCAGCAGCAGCAGCCACCAGAGGUCGGAUCUGAAGUAGGGUCGCACCCCGGGGCGCAAUCCGAGCAGCCGCCAGCAGAGGCGCAGUCGGGAACCGAACCGCAGCCGCUACAGCCAGUGCUGAGUCCGCGGGGCUCACAGGAGCCGCCUGGGGCCGAGCCCGGAGCCGGACCUCAACCCCAGUCCCUUGGACUCGAGGACGAGCCAGAACCCCAGCCCCAGGCACGGCCGGCUGGGCUCGGUCUCGAGCCCUCCCAGCAACAACAGGAGCCGCAGCAGCAGGAGCUGAAACAUCACCCAGAAGCUGAGCAGCAACAGGGUGCGUUGGCCGUGGACCAGCUGGGCGCAUCCCCACUGAAUCCGCCAGGGGGGCCACGCGCCGAAGAAGCAGAUAAAGUGGUCGACGGAGUGGUCUACGGACUGGUAGACGAGGGCGCCGCAUAUCUGCAACAGGAGGGGGUGCGGGAGCCGUGGCAACAGCCGGGACAGGAGCGGGCGUACCUCCCGGGGGGAUUCCCUGAAGCAGAGGACGGCCGUUGGGCCGAGCAAGAGCAGCAGCAGCAGCAGCAGCAAGAGCUCGGGCUAAAUCCAGAUCUGGAGCCAGUGUCGGGAUCCCAUCUGGUUCAGGGACAGGCAGAGGACCUAGCUGACGAGGGAGGGCAGCCGGAGACGCAGUACGGCUACGAUUACGGGUACGGAGGCGAGCAGGGGUACGGCGGCCAAGGACUCGAGUACGACGACGAGCAGCAGCAGGGAGGGCUCGGUGGGGAGGACGGCGCACUUGUCGAUCAGGAUUACUACGCUGCGGGAGCUGAAGCAGCAGCACCAGCAGCAGAACGAAGUGCGCAGGGGGCGAGCGCCAUUCUUGGCGACGGCCCAUCUGCGGCUGACGGCGCCGCCGACUUCGGCGGCAUGUAUGACUACAACGCCACCGACGGCGGCGGCGCCGCGUCGCCGGCGCCGCCCUUUGCCUCUGAACAGCAGCAGCUGCUGCCGCUGUACGGACAACAACAGGGAGCCGUAGGGAGGAUGGGCUCGGAGUUGCGUGUUGGUGCCGGCGGCAGCAGCAGCUACAGCCGCGGCGAGUCCAUGUCCAACGGCGGCGUUAGCCGCCGCAGCAACGGUGUGGCGCCACCGCUGCCGCCGCCGCCGCGGCCGCCGCAGUUGGACUCGGAUUCAGAGACACUGAUAGCUGCGGAGCGGGAGCGCUUCUCACAACAGCUCCAAAUGGAGGUUCGUGCCAGGGAGGAGCUGGAGGAUAUGAUUCUGCGGAUUGAGAAACACUUCAAGGCGGAACAGGCCGCGCGCAAGAAGGCGGAGGAGCUGCUGCAGGCGGCCAUAUCCGCUGAGCUUGAGGCCAAGAACCGCCUGGAGGACCUGAUGAAGAGGCGGAAGGAGGAGCAGCGGCAGAUGGAGGAGGAGCGAAACGGCAUCAAGCGGGAGCGCAACGCUUUGGAGAGCAUGCGUCAGGACUUCGAGGCGGAGCUGCAGGCAGCCCGCAGCGAGGUGGGCAAGGCGCAGGAGGCGUUGGCGGCUUCAGAGGACCGCAUUCGAGCUGCUGAGGCUGUGGACCGCGCACGGCUGGAGUCAGAGUAUCAGGCCAAGAUCAACACGCUGCAGGAGGAGAUUGGGAGGCUCCGAGAGGAGCUGGCCUACCGGACGCACCUGAUGACCUCUGAGAUGACACGAUGGCAGCAGCAGGCGCACCUCACGGCAGCCGCGGUCAUGGAAGCGAAGAACGAGGUUCUGGAGCGCAAACGGGAGUUGGACUCCACAAAGGAAAAAAUGGACCGUCUGCUGGACAAGCUCUACAUUGGGCGAGAGCGCGGCAUGGAGCUCAGCGGCGCCAUCGCCGCCGCGCAGAGCUUCGCUCAGCAUGCGGGCGGGGCGGGCCCGAUGCACAUGUUGCCAUUGGUGCAGUCGCCGCUGGGACCCGGCGGUGGCGGCGGCGGCGGCGUACACAGCAACAUCCCCAAGCUGCCGCCGGUGAAUGCCCGGCCGCCGAUGCUCGUGAGCGACAUGGGAAUGCCUGGACCCCCCCUGUUAGGCGGAGCGCGACGGAGCGCCCCGGGGAGCCAGAUGGGUAACGAUGGUAGCGGUGGCAGCAGCAGCGGAGGUGCUGGAUUUGCCAUGCCGGCGCCGGGCUUGAUAGGGAAUGGCGGUGGCAUGGGAAUUAUGCCCUUGGGAAUGGGCUAUAUGGGAGGUGUCGUACCGCCGGGCAUGCCGUUGGGCUUCGGCCCCGGUAUGGGAGGACCAGGCGCACCGCCGGCAGGCAUCCUAAGUGGCGGCCCUGGCGGGGGCCCGUGGGUUGACGGCGGCGGUGGUGGUGGCGGCGGCGGCGGAGGUGCGGCUGGCAGCCCAGGCUUGGCGGGUGACGGCGCGGCUGAUCCGUACGCGCACGUGCAGUCGCGAUUUGCUCAGCCAGCCGAUCUGGCCAAGAAGGCACGUGUGCCCAACGGCAAGGGGAUUCCGAAGAAGCCGCUGGAUCGUUUCGAGGAGAGCAAGAGAGAUGAGGCGCGCCUGGCAGCGAUGGCUAAGCGAUGGGGGUGA